AUGGAGCUACCACACCCUGAUCCCAUCAUGGCAGAAGGAGCAGAUACACCUAGAGAGAUGAACCCAGAGAGUACGAGGACAACAAUAGAUAUAGAUACACUAUCGAUGGAAUAUCUAACCUUAGCAGAUAAAAAGGCCGAACCGAUCAGGGAAACUCUGGAGAGAUACACCGACUCUCAGCUCAACACUGUGACUCUGUUCUACCGUCAGAGGAUAGAAGAGGCGAUGGAAGAGUUUGUGGAAGCUGUGGCGUUGGUCCUCCUGAAAGACAGACUACUAAGUACCAGAGAAUAUAAGCGCGUCGGUCAUCUGGCAAAGAGAAAACGCAGAAAGGAAGCUUCUAAAUACCUCCUGGGCGUCGUGACCAGCGUGAUUGGCCGGGCACAGAGAACACUGUGGGAAACCUUGGUGAAAAUGCAGGAAAACAAACCCAAGGUUCAAAAGAUACUGAAAGAGAUCCAGGAAAAGGGUACCAGUCUGCUUGGUAUGUCGCAGUGCAGUGGAAAGUUGGAGCCAUUGUCAGACAGACUGAUAGAUGUUAAAAAUCAUCACAAAGAGGUGCUGUGCUCCCAGAAUGAGAAGCUGUCACUGAACACCCUGCGAGGCCGAGAGAAGAGCAGAACAUUUCUGCUCUCUGAUCGCUACACGGAAUUAAUAGUCACCUCAUCUCCCCGUGAUCGGAGGCUGGCGGAGCAUGAACUGGUGGCGAGAGGCAGAGACCAUGAGCAGUGGCAAGAGAGGAACGUCAGGAAGGAGUUGGAGAAAAUCAGACAGGCUCAGCUGUUUGGAAGCAGUUUUGGGAGAAGAAGAUUUGGGACAACCAUCCUGAGCGGAAUCGCAGGGAUUGGGAAAACCACCAUGGUGCAGAAUAUUCUGCAUCGCUGGGCCACAGGAAAGAUCUAUCUCCAGUUCCACUUUGUCUUUCAUUUCAAAUUCCGGUAUCUGAACAUAAUAAAAGAGGAAACAACCCUGAAAACUAUGGUCCUGGAAUCAUAUCCUUAUCUUCAGGAUGUUCUGGACAAUAUCUGGGAGAAGUCGGAAUAUUUGCUCUUUGUGUUUGAUGGUUUGGACGAGUUUAAGGAGAGGAUUCAGUUCACAGAGAUUGAUAGAGCCCCUCAGAUCAGCUGCCCGGGGCCUGAAGGCCUCUGUACCGUGGCUCACAUUGUGCGCUCUCUGGUUCUGCAAGAAAUUCUGAAAGGCUGUUCAGUGCUGAUCACAAACCGGCCAAAUGCUCUGGAAUCUUUAGAUCACAUCCACACCAACCUCUGGGCUGAAAUGCUGGGAUUCCUCGCUGAGGGACGGGAAGAUUACAUCAGACGCUUCUUUGCAGAUGAGAAGAUUGCAGGUCAAGUGCUCAGAUAUGUGAAGGAGAAUGACAUCCUGUACACCAUGUGCUUCAAACCGUCCUACUGCUGGAUCCUCUGCUGCACAAUGGAGCCAAUCUUCAAGCAUCCAGAGACCAAACAGCCUCCCCCCAAAACCCUCACCCAGCUGUACUCAACUUAUCUCUACAACAUCCUGAAGAACCAUCCCCGAGCCACUGAGCGCUGUCGGGAGGUGAUGUUGAGAACCGGAGAGAUGGCCUCUGAGGGGGUCUGUAACAGAAUCAUUGUGUUCGAUGAUGACCAUUUCCAUCGCCAUCAGCUUGAACCCUCAACCUUCACCUCAGGUUUUAUGAUGGAGAUUCUGGAGAAGGAUUAUGAUGAGAGAGGAGUUGUGUACACAUUCCAUCACCUCACCAUCCAGGAGUUUGUGGCUGCUCUCGCUCAGUACCUGACGCCCGUCCGCAAGAACCUGCUGGAUCUGCUUGACCAGGUUCAUAAGAAGAACGAUGGUCGCUUUGGGAUCUUCCUGCGGUUUGCUGUGGGACUUUCCUGGCCUCACACAGCCCGGCAGCUGGAGGAGAUCCUGGGGCCAUUAUCUCACGCGUCAGUCUCCGAAGCCAUCUCCUGGCUGAAGGUGAAUGUGGAGUCGGCGGUCAAACAAUCAGGGAGUGAAGAUGGUAAAAGGAAGCUUCUGAACAUGAUAUACUAUCUGUUUGAGUCUCAGAACAACACUCUGGCCCAGAUCACACUCGGAGCUGUGGAGACACUGGACUUUAGUAGGAUCAGAUUGAACCCUUUGGACUGUGCUGUGCUGUCUCGUGUUUUACAGCUUUGUCACAACAUAGAAUUCCUCGAUCUCGAAAGCUGCAAUAUCGGAGCUGAAGGGAUCCAGCGUCUGGGAUCCGCACUGCACAAGUGCGGACACCUCAGGCUGUGGGGCAAUAAUCUGGGAGAUGCAGGAGUGAAGCCACUGUGUGAGGCUCUGAGGAACCCGGAGUGUAAUAUACAGAGACUGGAGUAAGUAACAGACUGUGGAACGUGAUCACACCGGAAACCUCAGUGGCCUUCAGUGGCCAUAAACACACACAAUACUAUUAUACUGGAUACCGGCGGAAGGGACGGCGGAUAAACUGGGCCCUGGGACUGUAAAGGCUGUGGACUUACAGUGCACAGGCAGCUACGGGUGGAUUUGUAUUGUACUAGUGUGUGGGGGUCAGUCAUCCAUUUACUGUGUCACACACAGGGGCAGAGGGUGCACCCAGGAAUCUCUCUGGUCUGGACAUAAGACAGGGAGGACCUGCAGCCCUGAUGACAGGACACAGGAAGCCUGUGACACUCUCUCUCUCUCUCUCUCUCUCUCUCUCACA